UUUUUAUCGUUAUCUGUGGUCAAAAUAUUUUUAACAAUUUUUAAAAUUCCUCAAGGAAUGUGUUGAUGUGUGAACUGUGAAACUGCUGUGAAACAAUGAAAGAUUUUUAAUAUGGCAUGCAGUAAAGAAGAAAUUGAGAGGAAGCGUUUAGCUGCUCUACAAAAGCGACAGAGCAAGUUGACCAGCGAAAACAUUAUUCACAAGGUCGACAUCCAGUCGCGAAGAUCAACGGAAUGGAUGUUUACAUCUCAAAGCAGUAACAUAGGGCCUGUGAAAUCCACUAUUGGAUCCCAUAGUCCUAAUACAUUUCAUCCAUAUGCGAAACCCGAAAGCAGUAAACAGGCUGAAAAUUCAGUGCCUGUAAGUAAAGUCGUGAGUGGGACAGUAUACCUGAUUUCAGAACACAGGUUUGAAGUGAAUCCAUCAGAGUUCUGUACACCUCUUAUUAAUAUUUUUAAGAGUAUACCUUCUAGGAAUUACGAUUCAAAAUCAAAGUUAUGGAAUUUCUCAAUUGACGAUUACCAAGACCUAAUGUCCAAAGUUGCACCACUGGCCCCCUAUAUUGUCCUAGGCCCACUUCCACCAUAUGUUUUAAAGAUUCUAAAAGAGCCCUUAAUAGACCCCAAUACUGUUGAUCUAUCGCCAAUAGAGAAGACCCUUAGAAACAAACUGAUGCCUUUCCAAGAAGAAGGGGUAAGGUUUGGCAUAGCGCGCCGUGGGCGUUGCAUGAUCGCGGACGAUAUGGGGCUGGGCAAGACAUUCCAGGCUCUGGCCAUCGCUAGCUACUACAGCCACAACUGGCCGAUGCUCAUCGUCACCACAUCAUCUAUGAGAGAGACCUGGCAGAGUAAGAUCCGUGAGCUGUUACCAUCCGUGCCAGCGAUGGAUGUGGUCACUCUCACCACCAGCAAGGACAGCCAGUUGGUCGCUGACAAACAGAGCCAGGUGGUAAUAGUGAGCUACAAGAUCACCAGUAUGCAUACAGACUUACUGAAGAGCAAGAAGUUUGGCGUUCUUAUUAUUGACGAGUCUCACUACCUCAAGUCGCACAAGGCUCAGUGCACAUCAGCGCUGGUGCGCAUCGCGCGGCAAUGUGCGCGCUGCGUGCUGCUGAGCGGCACGCCCGCGCUCAGCCGCCCCGCGGAGCUCUACACGCAACUAGCGCUCAUAGAACCAAAGCUGUUUACCAACUACACUGAAUAUGGCAAAAGGUAUUGCGCAGGGAAGCAAACACACUUCGGUUGGGACAUGUCUGGCCAAUCCAACCUGACAGAGCUGCAGAUUAUACUGCAGAAGCGGUUCCUCAUCCGAAGAACUAAGGAGCAAGUGCUUACCACAUUGGAGGAAAAGACUAGGGAGUCAGUGUUACUGGACCACUCGCUGCUUCAGUUCUCUCAGGAGGAGCAGCAAGGCUUGUCGCAGAUGGCGGAGAACUACAAGAGCACCAAGUGUGCAGACAGGCACGCUGCGCUCAUCACGUACUUCAGCGAAUCCGCCAAAGUCAAGAUACCAGCUAUUAGUAAAUACAUCAAACAGCUCAUAAAGGAGAGCGACCACAAGUUUUUGAUAUUCGCCCACCAUCGCAGCAUGAUCGAUGCGAUCUGCAACGCGCUGGACGACACCGGCACCUGCUAUAUUUGCAUCGUGGGCUCCACGCCGCCGCGGAUACGAGCCGAACUGGUCGACAAAUUCCAAUACACGACGAAUUGUCGUUGCGCAGUUUUGUCCAUCACCGCCGCCAACUCAGGUCUGACCCUCACUGCGGCGGAUAUGGUGUUAUUUGCUGAACUGCACUGGAACCCAGGGAUUCUGACUCAGGCGGAGUCUCGCGCGCACCGCAUCGGGCGCUCGGGCGGCGUGUGCGUACGCUACCUGUUGGCCAGAGGAACCGCCGACGACUUCAUGUGGCCGAUGUUGCAGGACAAACUCAACGUUCUAAACAACGUCGGUCUUAGCGGCGAUACAUUUGAAGAUACCACCAUGAAGCAUCAGGAGAGCAAUAACUCUAUAACACAGUACUUAUCGCCUAUAAGUGUCAAAAACAAAAACGAUUAUAUCCCUGGGACAAAUAUUCGUAAAGUACCAUUACCUGUCGAGAGAAUACAAACCGAUACAAACACACAAAUGCAUGACCAAUGUGGAAUAAAUAUUGGAUUAGAAUCUAUAACAAACGGCCAGUGUGCAUCUAAUUAUGGACAAAACGCAAAAAUAAAUGGCCAAUGCGGAACAAACUACAAAGGCCAAUCAAACAGAAUAAAUACGCAAAACGCACAAAUAUAUGGCCAAUGUGGAGCAAAUAUUGGAUCAAAAACUAUAACAAAUGACCAAUGUGCAUCAAGCUAUAGACAAAACACGGAGAUAAAUGGCCAUUGUGAAACAAACAACAAAGAAGGCCAAUCAAGCAUUAGAACAAAUGCACAAACAUUCGAACACGACAUGGAUUUAGAUAAAUCGUUUCAAGAAUACGAUGACGAUGACGAUCUUUUAGCUAAUUUAGAUUUAUGAUUUUGAAUUUUCUGUAUUUCUUUUAUAUUAUUUAAAUCUCCUUAUAAAACAGUAGUUAAAGUGAAUUUCUUGUUAGUAUAAAAAAUAAUGUCUCUC